UCUCUGGCACUUUUCAUUGAUACCUCUGUAUUUUACCUGUUUGGGAUUUUGACAAGCUCCAGACUCUGUGUGUGGCUGGGGAUUGACUGCUUUGCAAAUGGGUAUUUCUUCACAAGAACUGUUUCCAGCACUCACUGAGACAGACCUCUCAGUAACUGGGGACCUGGCCGGCCUUGCCUACUGAGCUUGGGGGAAAACUGGAUGCAGAUGAGUUGAUUAUAUUCCAUGAAUUCAUAGCUCACCACCUGCCAGGGUUUAAACUACUUCUGUAGCAUCACUUCACCUGUGGACUCUUUGAAAUUUUGCUUUGUUGGGGGAAAAAAAAACUGGGGUAAGAGGAGGUUGUUUUUAACAAGUUAGCAUCCUCUCCUUCCCUUAUAAGUUGCUGCAAAGGAUCAGGCUGUGACUCCAUUGGAUCGCUCCUUCACAUCAAAAUAGGAGAAGAAAAAGAAGAAAGGUACCAUGGCUCUGAGUGGCAACUGUAGUCGUUAUUAUGCUCGAGAACAAGGGGCUGCAGUUCCCAACUCCUUCCCCGAGGUCGUGGAGCUGAAUGUUGGGGGUCAAGUUUAUUUUACUCGCCAUUCCACAUUAAUAAGCAUCCCUCAUUCCCUCCUGUGGAAAAUGUUUUCCCCAAAGAGAGACACAGCUAACGACCUAGCCAAGGACUCCAAGGGAAGGUUUUUCAUUGACAGAGAUGGAUUCUUGUUCCGUUAUAUUCUGGACUAUCUCAGGGACAGGCAGGUGGUCCUGCCUGAUCACUUUCCAGAAAGGGGAAGACUAAAAAGAGAAGCUGAGUACUUCCAGCUCCCAGACUUGGUCAAACUCCUGACCCCUGAUGAAAUCAAGCAAAGCCCAGAUGAAUUCUGCCACAGUGACUUUGAAGACGUCUCCCAAGGAAGUGACACGAGAAUCUGCCCCCCUUCCUCACUGCUCCCUUCUGACCGCAAGUGGGGUUUUAUUACUGUGGGUUACAGGGGGUCCUGCACCAUGGGCAGAGAGGGGCAGGCAGAUGCCAAGUUUCGGAGAGUUCCCCGGAUUUUGGUUUGUGGAAGGAUUUCCUUGGCGAAGGAGGUCUUUGGAGAAACUUUGAAUGAGAGCAGAGACCCUGACCGAGCCCCAGAAAGAUACACGUCCAGAUUUUAUCUCAAAUUCAGGCAUCUGGAAAGGGCUUUUGAUAUGUUGUCAGAAUGUGGAUUCCACAUGGUGGCCUGUAACUCCUCAGUGACAGCAUCUUUUGUCAACCAAUAUACAGAUGACAAGAUCUGGUCAAGUUACACUGAGUACGUCUUCUACCGUGAGCCUUCCAGGUGGUCAUCGUCGCACUGUGAUUGCUGCUGCAAGAACGGUAAGGGUGACAAAGAAGGAGAGAGUGGCACCUCCUGCAACGACCUCUCCACCUCCAGCUGCGACAGCCAGUCUGAGGCCAGCUCUCCCCAGGAGACAGUCAUCUGUGGGCCCGUGACACGCCAGACCAACAUCCAGACUCUGGACCGUCCCAUCAAGAAGGGCCCCGUCCAGCUGAUCCAGCAGUCAGAGAUGCGACGGAAAAGUGACCUGCUCCGGACUCUGACUUCCGGCUCCAGGGAGUCGAACAUGAGUAGCAAAAAAAAAGCUGUUAAGGAAAAGCUGUCAAUUGAGGAAGAGCUGGAGAAAUGCAUCCAGGAUUUCCUAAAGAUCAAAAUUCCAGAUAGGUUCCCAGAGAGAAAACACCCUUGGCAAUCUGAACUUUUACGGAAGUAUCAUCUAUAGGGGCGGAUGAGGGGGUGGGGGUGGGAGAAAAAAACAGCGUGUCACCGUUUUGAAAUAAACCUCCUGAAAGAAAUCCAUAUUUGAAAAGAUAAAGCAACAACUAACAAUACACAUUUGUUAGAACACAAUAGCCCAUUGAUCUACUACUGCCUAUUUACCUAGUUCACCUUAACAUGUCAAUCCACAGGGUAGAUUUCUUUCCAGAUGUGGAAGUAUAAGAAAUUCUCUCUCUCUCUCUCUCUUUUGGUUCUUUGUCUGUUUGUUAACUUGGCCCCGUGUGCUGAGUAUCUUGUCUAUAGAUGAGAGCCAGCGACGUAAGAACAGCUGAGAGGGCUUGGGAAUCAUUUAUCCCAAACUGGGUUUUUCCUCUCUUCUUCUACCUCCCUCCGUUGAAUGAAAAUUAUGGUAGUGAUCUGGCCCAAUGCCAUAGGUUUGGAUUUUUAAAUUUUCCUUUUUCCUUUUGUUUCUGGGGUGAUGGGGGAAAGUGGCAGAUUUAUAUGACUUUUCACUCAAAUUGAUUAUGUGCCAGUUUAUAUUGACUCCGUAUGCAUGAGUAUUUGUGCAACAGAAGCACAACCAAGUAUGUAUAUACACACAGAGCACAUGACCCCAGGUCCUGGGCCUCCUAAGGGGUUGUUCCUGACCCCCGCAGCACCCUCUUAGAGUCCUUCAGCCACAGGAGCCUCUGCUUUUUUCUUAAAACCCUUCUGGGAAGAUUUCUGAGCCUCUCUUGGCAUCAUUUCCUUACAUCUAAUAACCCCCAUCAUCAGCAAAUUGUCUUCCUUAUUUGGAAAUGAACACCCUCAGGCUCCAUUUUACUGCACUGCUCUCUCUCAGCCCUAGGAGAAGGUGAGAAGAGCUAGUCACACGUUCUUAGUAUUUUAAAAAACCCAAACAUCCGUAUCCACAAAAAUUCCUGCAAAAUGACCCCAAUUCAGCCUUCUCUACCCUGAGCUGAAUUACCUUUCUUCUGUCAAUGUUUCUGCCCAUGUUUUAAUGGUGUGACCUUUCCACGUACUCCACGUUAAGUUCUCUGCAUUCCUGUGUAGUUGUGGCAGUAAGAACAGCACACAGUACUUGAAUAAGGGUCCAGCCUUUUGUUUUAAGGGGAAGUUGUAUUUCACACAUCCCCUAAUAAUUUCUCAUAACUUUUUAAAACUACAGUGCUUCACUGUUACUUCCUUGGAGCCAGUUUUGUUUGCCUCUGGAAUCUGGGCUUUGGCUGUGUCCAUACUAGAAUUUGGCUCUCACUUCUCUGAUGUCUUUGAACAACCCAACUAGAUAAUUGAAGCUCUGAAAUUAAGAGUUGAGCUUUCUAAACGGUCUUUCUUGUUUACAUCCUUGACCUGUAUGGACACAACCAAAAAGAAACUGUUAAUAGCCAUCCAUCCAUGUGACUCUGUAUUCUAUUAAUGUACUCAUAGUUUUUUUCAUAGAUUUGUGGUAAAUGAAGACUAAAGGGCAAGAUUUGACUUUCAGCAUUCCUCAUGCAUUUCAGUGGGAACUGAAAAAAUAUUUUUUUUCCAUCCUUAAUUGUGUGCCAAGAACUCCUAUUUUU